AUGAGCACCGAGCUUGUUAUAGGUUGUGUUGGUAAACCAUCGGCAGGAAAGAGUUCAUUCCUUAAUGCAGCUACAGACUCAAAUGCUAAAGUUGGCAACUACCCAUUCACAACGAUUGAGCCAAACUAUGGAGUGACGUACUAUCCUACACAGUGUCCUUGUCUAAAGUAUGAAAAGACUAAUCUGUGUCAGCCUCGUUAUGGUCGUUGUCAGAACGGAACAAGAUAUAUACCUGUAAAGAUGUUGGACGUGGCUGGUCUGGUACCGGGUGCAUCUGAGGGCAAGGGUCUAGGCAAUCAAUUCCUCGACGACCUCAGACAUGCACAUGUACUACUACAUGUUGUCGACGUAUCAGGCAACACCAAUGAGAAGGGUGAGGAGACCACAGGCUACGACCCAAUCAACGAUGUACAAUGGCUCAAAGAUGAGAUACACUCAUGGAUCUACAACAACCUUUGGAAGAGAUGGACCAACAUUGUCAGGAAGCAAAAGACUACAAAGUCACUCGCUGAAACAAUAUUACAUAAGAAGUUGAGUGGAUAUGGUACUAGACUGAGGCUUGUUCAAGAGUCGCUGGCAAAGAUGGGCGCACGUGAGCCUAUUGAACUGGAUACAUGGGAUCAGGAGACUGUUCAUCAGUUGGUCGACGCAUUCUUGGAGGUCAGAUUCCCAAUGGUGUUGGUGUUGAACAAGGUGGACGUGUCAACGUCAGACGCCAACAUCAACAAGAUAUGCAUGAAGUAUCCAGACAUGAAGAUGGUGCCAACCAGUGCUCUGGCCGAGAUCUUCUUGCGCAAGAUGCGCACACAGAGCUACAUCGAGUAUCGUGAGGGCGACGACAACUUUGCCACAAACGACACCAACACCAAUCUCAAGCAAUGUGACGAGAAGCUGCUGUCUCGUCUGGACAAGCUGCGAGACCUCGUCCUAUUCCGUUAUGGUUCAACAGGCAUACAAGAAGCGAUCAAGACUGCCGUGGAGCUCAAGCGCUUCCUCCCCGUGUACCCUGUCAAGAACCUCAAGUCCCUGUCUUGUGACAAAGCUGGCGGCUCUGUCCUGCGAGACUGCAUGCUCGUGUCCCGUGGUACACAAGUCAGAGAGCUGGCCGGCUUCAUUCAUCCAGACCUCGAGAAACACUAUCUAUACGCCGAGGGCGUCAAUGGACAGAGAGUAAGUGAAGUGGAAGAGCAUUCAUUCUAUCAUUCAUUAACAUUCUUGUUCCGCGACUACUAUAGCUUGGAGAGACAGAGGAGAUCGACGAAUCAAACAACAUCAUCAAGUUCACAAGUGCGAUGCUCGAAGGUGAUCAUAAAGAAUAGAAUGGACGUUGGAUGGACUUGGAUGGACAGACAUCUGUUU